CGCCGCGCCCCCGUCACGUGACGAAGCCAUCAUGGCGGCGGCCAGAGGCCUGCCCGGCUCCCGGAAGCAGGCUGUGAGGGGCGGGAGCGCUGCUGGAACCCGAGCUGGAGCCGGAGCCACAGCGGGGAGGGUGGCCGUGCGGCCUGGAGCCGGACGUGUCCGGGGUGUCCCCGCAGACCGGGACAGCAGGUCGUCGGGGGCUCACCAUGCUGGUGACUGCCUACCUUGCUUUUGUAGGCCUCCUGGCUUCCUGCCUAGGGCUGGAACUGUCAAGAUGCCGGGCUAAGCCCCCUGGAAGGGCCUGCAGCAAUCCCUCCUUCCUUCGGUUUCAACUGGACUUCUAUCAGGUCUACUUCCUGGCCCUGGCAGCUGACUGGCUCCAGGCCCCCUACCUCUAUAAACUCUACCAGCAUUACUACUUCCUGGAAGGUCAAAUUGCCAUCCUCUAUGUCUGUGGCCUUGCCUCUACAGUCCUCUUUGGCCUGGUGGCCUCCUCCCUUGUGGAUUGGCUGGGUCGCAAGAAUUCUUGUGUGCUCUUCUCCCUCACUUACUCACUAUGCUGCUUAACCAAACUCUCUCAAGACUACUUUGUGCUGCUAGUGGGCCGAGCACUUGGUGGGCUGUCUACAGCCCUGCUCUUCUCAGCCUUCGAGGCCUGGUACAUCCAUGAGCACGUGGAACGGCAUGACUUCCCUGCCGAGUGGAUCCCAGCUACCUUUGCUCGAGCUGCCUUCUGGAACCAUGUGCUGGCUGUAGUGGCAGGUGUGACAGCUGAGGCUGUAGCAAGCUGGAUAGGGCUGGGGCCUGUAGCGCCCUUUGUGGCUGCCAUCCCUCUCCUGGCUCUGGCAGGGGCCUUGGCCCUUCGAAACUGGGGAGAGAACUAUGACCGGCAGCGUGCCUUCUCAAGGACCUGUGCUGGAGGCCUGCGCUGCCUCCUUUCGGACCGCCGCGUGCUGCUGUUGGGCACCAUACAAGCUCUAUUUGAGAGUGUCAUCUUCAUCUUUGUCUUCCUCUGGACACCUGUGCUGGACCCACAUGGCGCCCCUCUGGGCAUUGUCUUCUCCAGCUUCAUGGCAGCCAGCCUGCUUGGCUCUUCCCUGUACCGUAUUGCCACCUCCAAGAGGUACCACCUUCAGCCCAUGCACCUGCUCUCCCUUGCUGUGCUCAUCGUCGUCUUCUCUCUCUUCAUGUUGACUUUCUCUACCAGUCCAGGCCAGGAGAGUCCAGUGGAGUCCUUCAUAGCCUUUCUACUUAUUGAGUUGGCUUGUGGACUAUACUUUCCCAGCAUGAGCUUCCUACGGAGAAAGGUGAUCCCUGAGACAGAGCAGGCUGGUGUACUCAACUGGUUCCGGGUACCUCUGCACUUACUGGCUUGCCUAGGGCUCCUUGUCCUCCAUGACAGUGAUCGAAAAACAGGUACUCGGAACAUGUUCAGCAUUUGCUCUGCUGUCAUGGUGAUGGCUCUGCUGGCGGUGGUGGGACUCUUCACCGUGGUAAGGCAUGAUGCUGAGCUGCGGGUGCCCUCACCUACUGAGGAGCCCUAUGCCCCUGAGCUGUAACCCCAUGCCAGGACAAGAUAGCUGGGACAGACUCUUGAAUUCCAGCUAUCCAGGAUUGUACAGAUCUCUCUGUGACUGACUUUGUGACUCUGUCCUGUGGUUUCUCCUGCCACUGCUUUGUGUUUGGGAGGACAUGAUGGGGGUGAUGGACUGGAAAGAAGGUGCCAAAAUUUCCCUCUGUGUUACUCCCAUUUAGAAAAUAAACACUUUUAAAUGAUCA